CAUUUGAAUCAGUGGUUAUUAGUUAGAUUCUGUAAUGUUGACAUUAAGAAUUUCAUAUAUUUGCAAUUAAUUACAUAAUUGUGUUUUUAAUUUUUCUCAGAAUUUGUUUUAAAAUUGAUGUAUAAAUCAGAUGGACAAAGCUAAUAUUGAUGACAAAGUGUUGAAAUAUGAACAUUUCGUAAACGAAACUUUAAGGGGUGAUCUAAAAAAUCUAAAUGAUUUGAGGGAUAAAGUUUAUGGCGAAAUUUCAGAAUAUUUGCAACUACAAACCACUUUACAGAAACUUGAAGAAUGUAAGGCUAACAAAAACAACCAACCUUUGAAGACGCAAGUAGAUAUCGGAUGUAAUUUUUUCGCUCAAGCUGUUGUCGAUGAUCCAUCAAAAGUAUUUGUGUGUGUCGGCUAUGGGUUUUAUGUGGAGUAUACAUACAAGGAGGCUUUGGAAUUUAUUGACAAAAGGGUGAAAAUACUAAACAAACAAGCUGAAAAUUUUUCAAAAGACAUGGCUCAUGUCAGAGCACAAAUUCGACUUGUACUUGAAGGCUUGAGAGAGCUACAAGGGUUGUCAUGAAGCUCCUGGAAAUCAAGAUGGCAUAUUGGCUGGUGAAACCGCUCAAGAUGUUGAAGGAAGUUAAUUGAAUAAAAGUCAGCUUUCCACUGAAAGAAAAACCCUAAAACUAAGCAUUUUAUUUUGACAAAUUCAUGCUGUGGACUAUGCCCAGUAAUGAUUGACAAUUUUACUAUACUGCAUGGUUCUGAAAUUUAAUAUAAAAGCAG